AUGAAAUCAAACAUGAAUACCAAGAUAUUGAAACUUGCAGUUGUAGAAGUAUUGUCACAGAGUGGGUUUGACAAGACCGCCGACCAGGCGUUGAAUGUCCUGACAGACGUUUUGAGAUACUACAUUGAGCAGCUUGGAUGCAGAAUGAAGAGGAGACAUGGAAAAGGAGUCGUUCCCGAAAUGAUGUGCAGGAUUCUUGUUGAAGAGACAUAUGGAGAGUGUGAGUACCAGGUUCCAGAACUUCUAUCUUUCUUGAGAUAUCAGGUGACUGUGAAGAAUUACCUGAGCGAUAGAUAUAAUGUGGGGAGCGAAGAGUCUAUUCUCCACAUUCUCAGAGUUCUCCCAAAGAAUGCACAACUAAGGAUGGUAAUGAGAAGUGGAGGUAACUUGAGGGAGAUGAAUGAGGUUGAGAGGGAAGUAGUUGAAGAUGAUGUAAAGUUUGAUGAAUUUACUAAGGAGUUUGUUAAGUCGAGUUUGCUAGAGGCAGGUGAAAGAGAGGUAAGGGAAUACAGAUUUGAAUCUGCUGAUCUUAUUGGAGGAGAGCCCCAGAAGAGAGUGAGGGUUGGAGAUAUUGAGUUCAACGAGAUUUUAGACCGGAAGCAGAAGGAAGUGGAGUUUCUGCAGGAGCCCAAUACACUUGUAAGGGACUUCGGGGGUUGGAACAGCCGAUAUGUUUUCAAAGGAUAUGAGUGA